AUGCUCCCUUGGCGGAAGCAGGACAAGAGCCCGCCAGAGGAGCGGGCGGCGAUGGAGCUCAUCUUCAAGGUGGCGAACGCCACCGUCGGCGCAGUGGUGUACGAGGCGGCGAAGGGCGGGAGCCCGCCCGCGGCACCGCCUCUGCCCAGCACGCCCCAGAGGUCACAGAAGCAGAGGCUGUCCGGGCAGAGGGGGCGUACGCCCCAGACGCAGACGCCGCUGACCCGGGCGUCGACCACAGACUGUGCCGACGACGCCUCGCCGCAGACCCACGGGACGCAGGACGGGGAGGAGGACGACGACGAGGACCUCGACGGGCUCGGCGUGCUCGACCUCUCGCUGGAGGAGCUGGAUGACGACGAGGUCCUGCAGAGCCCGCCCCUUGCUAGCCCCAAGGGGCGCGGUCGUGGCCCGCCGCGUGGUGGCAGCAAGGGCGGCGGCAAGGGCGGGGCGUCCUCGAGGGAGUUCGGGCCCACGCCGCCUCCGCCCGGCAGCCUCAAGGCGCUCCCGGCGGACCAGGUCCAGCGUUUCCUGGAGCUGGUGCAGCGCGGCGACUGCGCGGAGGCGCUGAAGGCGCUGCGCAGGGUGCGCCGCGCCGUGAAGGGGCGCGGCUGCUCCAAGGAGGCCUUCGGCGGGACCCGGGCGCUGCUGCACCACCUGCUGGAGGCCUAUGCCCAGGCGGGCCGGCUGCCCGAAGCCCUGGACCUCCUGGGCGACAUGAAGGGCGGCGCGGAGGCCCGCCUCGUGAGCGCCGCGGCCUUCAACGCCGUGCUCCGGGGCCUGCUGACGCGCGGGUCGCUCGACGAGGCGCGCUGGAUCGUGCGCGAGGAGAUGCCGCGCCUCGGCGUCGCGCCGAACGAGUCCUCACUGAACCUGCUGAUGGACACGAUGGCGCGGGCGGGGCCGGCCCACCUCGAGGAGGCGUGGGACGUCUUGGAGGACAUGCAGCGCCGCGGGCUGCGGGCGGACAAGUACACCGUGUCCAUCCUGACCAAGGGCAUCUCGGAGCGCGUCGACAAGAGGCGCGUUCCGCGGAGCGUGGCGCUGGUGGAGCACUUCCUCAAGAGCCAGCCGGACGACGUCGACGAGGUGCUCGUGAACUCGCUCCUGGACGUCUUCUGCAGGAUGAACGACAUGAACCGACUGGAGGCCACGCUGACAAAGAUGCGGGAGUAUGGCAUCCGGGGCUCUGCCGUCACCUAUGGCACGAUUGUCAAGGCGUACGGCCGGGCGGGCAACAUCGAAAAGGUCGUUCAAGCAUGGGACGCGAUGUCGAAGGAGGGUCUCGAGGCUAACGCCGUCACUUACGGCUGCAUGCUGGAUGCGUGCGUGAAGUGUGGCCACCUGGACCGGGCUUUCCAGGUUUUCGGGAGGAUGAAGGAGCAGGGGAUCCACAAGAACACGAUCCUGUACGCGACGCUCAUAAAGGGUCUUGCGAAAUCCAAGGACCCUUCUGCUGCCAGGAAGCUGCACCAGGAGAUGGUGGCCGAGGGAGUGAACUGCAACGUCGUAGUGUUCAACAGCCUCAUCGACGCUUGCGUGCGAGCCAGCGACCUCAAUGGUGCCGCUGAAGUUCUCCAGGAGAUGACUUCAGCGGGCGUUCGGCCCGACCUCAUCACGUUCAGCACCCUCAUUAAGGGAUACUGCAACAGCGGCGAGCUUCACAAGGCCAUGCGCCUGUCAGAGGAGCUGCAGGCGCGCAACCUGCAGUGCGACGAGAUCGUGUACAACUCGCUACUCGAGGGCUGCGUGAAGGCCGGCGACCUGCAGCUGGGCUUGCGGCUUUUCAGCGAGAUGCGCGGCCGCAACGUGUUGCCGAGCCCCGUCACGUUCUCGAUCAUGGUGAAGCUGCUCUCGCGCGCUGGUCGCCUCGACCUCGCGUGCCACCUCGUCGCGCACGAGAUGCGGGAGCUCCACGGCGUGGCGCCGACGCGCAUGGUGUGGUCCUGCCUCGUGACCUGCUGCGUCAAGGCCCGCGACGUGGCCCGGGCGGUGGUCGUCCUGGACCUGCUCGACCGCGAGGCCGGGGCCGCCGCGGGCGCCCGCACCUCCCUGUACGCCACCGUGGUGGAGGGCUGCCUGGCGCAGGGGGAGGUCGGCGCCGCCCUGAGUCUGUGCGAGCGCGCCUUCCUGCGCGCGCACCCGGAGGAGAGGGCUCGCGGGGCCUCCUCUCUUCCGACCUCCUGCGGCGCGCCUUCGAGGCCGCGGGCGGGUGCGCAGAGGCCGAGGCCAGGUCCACGCUCGAGAUCCUGGGGCCCAGGCUCAGCCAGCAGAUGCGCUCCUCGCUGGAGGAGGCGCUCGGCCGGGGCGCCAAGCGUCGCGGCCCCAAGGGCAGCCCGGGAGGCGCUGGGAGCCGUGGGGCCGGCAGCCCGUUCAGGGACACGUGCGGGCUGCAUUCCCCUGCCUGCGGCUCCGUCGCCGGCGCGCUCGGCGCCGUGCCCGGGGCCGCGGCCACCUGGGGGGCCGGCUGCGCGAGCCCGCAGCAGUGGGGCGGCGCCAGUGACCCUGCGGGGUGUUUCGCGACGUCGCCCGGCGGCGGCCUCUUCGGGGCCGGGAGCCCGUGGGACCCUGCCGUGA